AUGAACUCGGACCUACCAAGUCACUCACUAGAGAAAAAGGCCAGGUCGCAUGCCUCUUGGACCGGUCCCUUCUUAAUACCUAUCCCAGGCGUCCGUACACGUCGUCUCAGGAUAUAUCUCCCCAAUGCUGCGCCUCUAAUCCCCGUCAGACUCACCAGAGUUCGUCGGAAACGCGGCCCUCUGCUCAUUCUUCUCGUCUGUCUUGCUAUUCUAUGUACUUUUACAUUCACAAAAAAGUCCUUUCAACGGCCGACGUGGACAGAAUCACCCUGGAUACAGUCAGAACCAUACGACCCUCCUACCCUCAUUUUCCAGAGACCCCAUCUGCAGCGCAUAUGGAAGUGGGAGGUCGCCAGCGGCCACUAUCCUAGUCGUGAACCAAUACCAGCAGAAAUUCGUCUCAGAGAAGCCCUCACCAAUCCUGCUAUACCCCGUCGGACUGUCAGCGGCAGGCAGAAACCGUAUGUCGCGACCAGUGAAGACGGAUAUGUUACAGAGGCUAUUGGAACAGGCGCGAAACGAGUCUAUCUGGAUAUUCAAAGCCAGCCGCCCAAUGUCGCCUACCCUCCACGUCCGGUACCUGGCAGUGUAGCCGAUAUGGAUAUAAUCAUGAAACAUUGUGAUUUUAGUAAAGGAAAGUAUGUGCGCGACUGUUUGGAAAUGCUACGUAUCGGUGGUGGACUGGACAAUGGGAACAGGUUCAGACGCGAGACUUUGGAUGAUUUCAGGUACAUUUACAUUGAGCAGCCUGAUAACACUACGGUUGGAUUGUCGGAGGAACGAGACCAAGCUCCCCUUUUCCGCAAAUUGGCGCCUCCUCCAAGUCCCGACAGCGAUAUCAACGAAGGUUUGGUCAGGAAAGAAGGCGUUAAUUGGGAGGCCGGCAUUGAUUUACCCCAACCUGCUGUAUACCGCCCUACCAAGUCUCUUCCUUCGCCCUGUGAUCCGGAAAACCCGCGCAUCUUCCAUAUGUUCUGGACGGGGCCUUUCACCGACAAACCAUAUCUGGCGCUCUUGUCCUUCCUCUAUUCCCAAAACACGGGCAUACACCUCAAGAAUUGGCCGGCGGAUGCUAAAGUCUGUCGUCCUCAGUUUUGGUUGUGGAUCAAUCCCGGCCCAGCCGCAUCAGUUCCCAAUCCCAACGCCGUCCGGCAAAUGUAUAAUCAACUCAAGGCAAACCCCUGGGCAUCGCCUUUCCUCCAUCCCCGCUUCAAGGAUGUUAUUCAGUUCAAGAUGUGGAACACAACGGAGCAACUUGAUUCUAUCCCAGAAAUCAGAGACGAGUGGAAGAUGUUCAAGAGCAAUAUGUUCAACUCUGGAGGCACCGUUGUCGGGCUUAAGGAAGAUGUCGGUGCCUCAAAUAGCACCGAGGGUGAAGAGGAUGAAGAGAAAAAGGAUGAUGAUCUUGCUAACCGUGCUGGCACGAAAUCCGAGGAAUCGUAUGACAGGUUAUCUGUCAUUCUCUCGGACAUGGCGCGAUUUGUCCUGUGUCACCGUUUUGGAGGGAUCUAUCUUGAUGCAGACACCAUCCUUCUUCGUGACUGGGAAGAAUUGUGGGGCUGGACAGGUGGAUUCGCAUAUCGUUGGUCGAGGCUGAACAGUUAUAACACGGCUGUCCUGCGCAUGAAUAAGGGAUCUGCUAUGGGGACGUUCUUGUUCCGCUCGGCGUUGAGAGGGGGGUUGCAUUUCCAUCCAAUGGCGGUGUCGAGAUAUACGAUAGAUGCGCACUUAGAACCAUUGUUGCUGCGCUUACCGGACGCGCUCUUCGACGCGGCAUGGCUAAACACUGAAAAUUACCAACGGGAUCGACCACCUCAGCCAUAUUUCACAGAGUUUAGUGAAUUCUUUGAACCUUCUGCAGAGAAAGGCGCUAUGCCUCAUGCAUUGGGUCUCCGUGGAUUCUUCCGAGGAUCCUAUUCAUACCACUUCCACAACUUCUGGUGGAAACCCUUUGAUCCUUCCCGCAACUUCCCAGACCUUGGACCCAGAUUCAAGGACGGUGAAGAGGCUGCCCGCGCUGCGCUACGCAAAGAAAAAUACAAAGCACUAGUCAAAGAACGUCUCCAGGCUGUAGAUACAGCUACUUUGGAGCCAUUGCCAAAGGAGACUGACCUUAACGAAGAGGAGCCUGAACCACGGGAUCUGAGCUGGUCAACGGUGAUCAAACGGACUUUUGAGGCGUAUUUACGUGGAGAGGCGCCGAAUAUGUAUGGAGAGUGGAUUCAGUGGAUCCGAAUGAGCAAAUUUAUUAAACAAAACAAACAAGGCCAACGUGUUCCAGCGGAUCACGAUCUACGUCGCGUCCCCCUCUCUUCAUCCCCACACACUGAUCCAGGCCAUAUUCAACAAAUGUUCAAUCUCAUCAGGCGUAUUUCUUACGGCGUCAUUCCUCGGCCUGAUAGGCCUUGGGAGGAAGAUCCGACUUCCAAUGCACCCCAGACGGGGCGGAAGCGUCGGUUAAGCUCCACAGAGCGGCACUCGCGAGACGACGCGGACCAGGCAAACAAGAAAGCGCGUGGGGAGAGUGCGACACCUUCAGUGGCAGACGCAGAGGGGUCUUUGAUUGCUGCGCCCCAGGUCGAUACACAAGAAGUGAAGGAUGUCACUCAGGGCGUCAAGGAGGUCGAUUUGGACGGCAAGGCAUCUGCACCGUCAGCAGAGGAGGCGGCUUCUGCGCCUGAGAAUGUGCCCCUUCCUGAUGCAAAGUCGGGAGAACUCGAUGAGCUGGCCUCGGAUUCGGGUGAUGCGCCUGCUGAGGUGGCUUUGGAGAAGGAGGGUGAAGGCGAGACUGUCAAGGAGACGGCCGAUGAUGACGAUGAUGCAGCAGACAGCGUACAGUCUUCGUCAGCGGGCGAAGCUGCACUCCCUGAGGACGAGAAAGUGGCACAGGAAACUAAGCCAGCUGCGGAUGCACCUACUAACGAAUUAACGACCGAGUCGCCAUCUAAACAAUAUACUGGAGAUGCAGACGCGACUGCCACGACGACAAAGGACUAA